UUGUUUUGAAAUUUCCUCUCUCUUUCACACGAGGAAUAUUUAUUUUUAUUGCCAAAUAUCUGAAUUUCCAUUUAUCAAUAAAAAGUAGAAUUACCACAUACUGAAAAAGAAGAAUAAGAAAAUAAAAACAAAAAUAAAAUAUCAUUUUCAUUUUUAUUUAUUCAUUUGAGGCUAUUAAAAGCCACAGAAAAUGAGUUUAUAAAACACAUGAGCGAGCUCGACGCAUCCCACUUGUAUCCUUUUUUUUUUGAAAAAAUCCCACUUGUAUUCUUUCUUCCACAAUAUGUCGAGAAAUGAAGAUGGUAAGGCACAACCGCCGGAGAAGUUUAACUUUACUCGGAGAUGUAGUUUGCUCAGCCGUUACUUGAAGGAGAAGGGUAGUUUCGGGAAUAUAGAUCUUGGAUUAGUCCGAAAGCCGGAGGAUCUAAGGUUACCUGGAAACUCUGAUCAACAAGACAAACAAAAUGUGAUGCACAAGGCAAAUUCGGAAAUCAAAGCCCUUAACGUCUUAGGCGAACCCUCUAGCUUAUCUGGAGGCAAAGCCAAAGCUACCAAUCUCAGUGAACCAUCAGAUCCGGGAAGUUCCCAGCUGACAAUCUUCUUUGGAGGAAAAGUUUUAGUAUACAAUGAGUUUCCUUCAGACAAAGCUAAAGAGAUAAUACAAGUAGCAAAACAGGCCAAGCCUGUUACUGAAGUUAAUGUCCAAAACAACAACAAAAGCAACAUGGUUCUUCCUGAUCUCAACGAGCCCUCAGAUUCUGCGGAUGUCAAUCAACAGCAGCAACAACAAAACCAGCUCGUGGAACGUAUAGCACGUAGAGCUUCCUUACAUCGAUUCUUUGCUAAACGUAAAGACAGAGCUGUGGCUAGAGCUCCAUACCAAGUUAACCAAAACGCUGGUCGUCAUCACUAUCCUCCCAAGCCAGAUAAUGUACCUGGUCAACAGCUAGAGCAGGGACAGUCGUCACAACGACCAGCUCAACCCAAACCAGAAUGUGAUAAAGAUAUGUUAAUGGAAGUUAAGGAAGAAGGCCAAUGUUCGAAAGAUCUCGAACUUAGGCUAUAAUCAAAUUUUGUUAAAUAUUUGUAAGAAAAUUAAACUUAAGAUUAUCGUCUGACUUAUUUCAAGUUAUUUUUGCUUUGUACUAAAGUUUGUAAUCAUUUUUAACUUGAACUAGAGAGCUUGACCCGCACACCCGUGCGGGUUUUGAUUUUGAUUUUUUAAACAUUGAUAUUUGUUUUCCAUAAUAAAGUUUAUAUAUUUUAGAUGUAUUACUAUAUAACUAAAUGUAUAUUGAUUAUUUGAAUA